AUGGAAAAGUGUACAAAUGAAGAAUUGAACCAAAUAGAAAAACUAAGGGGAUCAGACAACUAUCAGAUGUGGAAGUUUCAAGUACUAAUACAUGUGGAAGCAAGUGACUUGAAAGAUAUAGUAACGAUGGAUCCACCAGAUCCAAAGACUCAAGUGUGGAAAAAGAAGGAUGCAAAUGCGAAGAGGAUAAUUGUAAUGUCGAUAGAAAAGAAAAUCAUGACGCAGAUAAUGAACUGUGAAACUGCAAAGGAAAUAUGGAAUAAAAUUAGGGCAAUCUAUGAAAGAGACAAUGAACAAUUAAAAUGCAAGUUGCUGCAAGAGUUCUUUGCUUACACCUAUAGUAAAGAUAUGGACAUCUCCACGUUUAUAAGCAAACUUGAGAACAUGGCCUGUACGCUUAACGCACUGGACACAAAGGUAACUAAAGAUAUGUUAACUUCAAAGAUUUUAAUGGCGCUUCCAGAAAAUUACAGACACUUUGUAAGUGCGUGGGAAUCCUCACCAGUGGAAGAAAGAACAUUGGAAAAUCUGACUGCCAGGCUGCUAACUGAAGAACUGAGAAAUAAUACAGAGAAAAAUGAAACAGUGUCAACUGCUUUUAAGGCAACAGAGACAAGAUGCUACAUCUGCAACUGA